GUUCCUUUUGCAACCGAGGGCUAUAAGAGCAAGAAACACAGGACAGAGGCUGUAAUCAAAACCACUGCAUUUAUUUCUGAAAGACACAUCAUAUAAGGAAGCCACAAUCAGAAUGAAGUUGCUGGUGACAUUGAUGAUGUGGUGUCUACAUGAUGUUGCUGCGGUAUGGAGAAAAAAAGCAGAACACAAGACAUGGAUAAACAAUGUCAUUCUACCUGCAAGAGACAGACAACAGCAUGAUGGUCUUGCGCAGUGUGUUGAGGAUGGAAGUAAUGGGAGUGAGUACAGCGGUACAAUCUCUGUCACAGCCAGUCAUCACAGAUGUCUCUCCUGGAACAUUUCUAAACAUCUACAGAUUAUCUAUGGCCUUGGAUCACAUAAAUACUGCAGGAACCCAGAUAAUAGCCCUAUGCCAUGGUGCUUGGUCAGGAGGAAUAAGCUGAUUGUUCGUGAAUUCUGUAAAAUCCCACGGUGUGAAGUUAAACCUACUAACAGUCUACGACAUUCUGAAACACUGAAGCAGGACACUGAAACAACAUGUGGUAAACGAAUUCAGAAACGCAUAUACAGGAUUGUAGGGGGAGUAAAGUCUACAAUAGAGUCUCAGCCUUGGGUUGCAUCCAUCUUCAAAGGUGAAGCAUUCCAAUGCGGAGGCACGCUAAUCACUCCCUGCUGGGUUCUCACUGCAGCCCACUGCUUCCCUGAAGGUGCAAAAACAAGCAUCCACCGAUUCUCUGUCCAUUUGGGGAAGAAUGCCAUCAAUGAAACUAAUCUUAGGAAAGAGCAGAUGUUUAAAGUGGCCAAACUAGUAAUUCAUGAGGACUACACAGGAAAUAAUUAUAACAAUGACAUAGCUCUGCUGCAGAUUGUUGACAACAGUGGGCAGUGUGCACACAGGACACACUCAGUGAGGACUGUGUGCCUUCCCCCUCCCCAGCAGAUGCUACCUUCUGGCUCCUUCUGUGAUAUUGCAGGCUAUGGCAGAGAGAAGAGCAAUUCAGUGUAUUUUUCACGGUUCCUGAAGGAGGCUCAAGUUAAACUCAUCUCGCAGAAAGUUUGCCAGCACAAUGACUAUUACGGGGCAGAGGUUACUAAUAACAUGUUCUGUGCAGCUAGUCCUAUAUGGACAGAAGAUGCCUGUCAGGGAGACUCAGGAGGCCCUCUGGUGUGUGAAAUGAAUGGCCGGAUGUUUCUCUUUGGAGUCAUCAGCUGGGGCCAUGGUUGUGCCACUGAAUUUAAUCCAGGUGUUUACACAAAAGUCACCAACUACAACCAGUGGAUUGCACAGCAUACAGGACUACCCUCCUUCACCAAAGGUAUCAUGUACCCACAGAAGGAUUAGUUGUGCUCUGGAUGGAGGGCACUUUUUUUGCUACACGAGUAAUACUUUGCACAUUAUGGAGUAUAACCUCUGGAGAAUGUUUGUGUUAUGCAAUUAACAUUGUUAAUCGAGUCUUAGGUACUGGUGGUGCCCUUUUAUAAUGAGCAUUAGCCAGUUUGAAUUAGGAACAUGGAAAUGAGUCUUAUAAGCUUUGUUAAGGAUUGUAUUAGGACCUAAAGUCUGAAUAUUAGGUGAAGUUCAGGUCAUUUGUAACACAUGACUGUAUGCUGUGUUUUUAAGGGUGGUAGUACUAUAUUUUGUGAUACUACUCUUAUUCAGUUCUGUUUGUAAAUUCAUUCAAGCAGUGUCAUGCAAAUUCAAGUUCAAGCAGUGUUGAUGCGUUCAUA